GCGCAUCUAUGAGCAGUGCUCCGUUCGAGCCCCUCUGAACACACCAACCAUGCACCUCUUCGGCCGCUCCGAGACCAUGGACCGCGGCACCGCCGACCAGGGGUCGCUCCUCGGCGCCGUCGACGAGGAAAAGGAAGCGUCCUUCGCGAACGCGCCGCCGUCGCUCGCGGAGACGGCGGACCUGGCGCUGCGCAACGCCAAGGUGCGGGAGAUGCUCCAGGCCUUCCGCGAGGAGGGGCCCGAGGCGCUGAGCCGCUACGUCGACGACCCGAGCAACUCGGCCGCGCUCGACGUGCUGCGGGGCCAGGCGGGCAUGCUGCCCGCUCCGCCGCUCGCGCCGGAGCUGCUCGCGCCGCCGACGGCGACGGCCGCGGCGCGCGACCCGAGCCUGCCGCUCGUGUCCGCCGCGCCGCUGGGGACGGACCUGCUCACGCCCGCGAGCCCGCCGACGGUCGGCCGCGACGCGAUCGCCGCGGCCGCGCCCGUCGUCGCCGAAAGCCUCGGGAACCCGCGCGUCCGCGAGAUGCUCGAGGCCUUCCGCGCCGAGGGGCCCGACGCCCUGCGGCGCUUCGCCGCCGACGCCGAGUGCGCCGCCGUCGUCGCGCGCCUCCGCGGCGUCUCGGUCGGCGCGCCCGCGCCGGCGCCCGCGCCCGCGAGGGUCGUCGGCCGGCGGCCGCGCGUGCUCCUCGGCGCGACGGGCUCCGUGGCGACGGUCAAGGUGCCCAAGCUCGCGCUGGCGCUGAGUGAGGUCGCGGACGUCCGCGUCGUCGUCACGGAAAAGGCGAAGACGUUCCUCGCCAAGGCCGAGGCCUACGACGCCGCCGCCUGGGCGACCUUCCAGGCCUCGGGCAUCGAGGUCCUCUCCGACGCCGACGAGUGGGACGCCUGGCAGGAGAUCGGCGACGACGUCGUCCACGUCGAGCUCCGGAAGUGGGCCGACCUGCUCGUGAUCGCGCCGCUCUCCGCGAACUCGCUCGCCAAGCUCGCCAACGGCCUCUGCGACGACCUGCUGUCGUGCACGGCCCGCGCCUGGGACUUCGACAAGCCCUUCGUCGUCGCGCCGGCCAUGAACACGGCCAUGUGGACCCACCCGCUGACCGCCACGCACCUCGCGGACCUGCGCGUCCUCGGCGUCGCCGCCGUGCCGCCGGCGUCGAAGAAGCUCGCCUGCGGCGACGUGGGGCCCGGCGCCCUCGCGGACGUCCCCGCCAUCGUCGCCGCGGCGGGGGCGGCGCUCGGCGAGGCCUGGUAAAGUCCAGCUUCGUGUGUG